AUGGCACGGGUGCAGUUUGAGAUGAGGCGUCUGUGGUUGGAUGCUGCGGUGAGCGGAGGUGGACUGCCUCCGUGGUGCCUGUGUCUGGGCGUGAUCCUGGGAGCCCACACCGGAGCUGACUCGAUUGGACCUGACUCGCGAGGCUGGCGCUGGUUAGUGAUGUUGGACUCUGGUGGAGGCCGUGGAGGAAGAGGUCAUGAUCCCUGGAUGACGAUUCGUCCCUUGGAUUCCAGGAACUCUGGCGACUGGGACUGGGACUGGGACUGGAGCACCAAGGUUCCCAAGAACCCAAGCCUCCUCAAGCCAAGGCUUUGCCUAUUUCCUGCUGUCGUCCGGGCCUCGACUUGA